AUGUUGGAGUUGUACUUCUUCACAGACCGGGCAACCACGAAAGACGUGGUGCUUUUGCCCGCGCUGUGCCAUGACAUCGCUCUUUUCUCCAUUGCUUUGCAGCUGGUGCUCCUCGUGCUGAUCCUGUUGUACCUGUUGUUCAAGGCUUUGUUGGAGCGCGUUGUGAUGAUGUCGCGAGCGAGGAGCGCUGAAUUGGAGGAGGCCGCGCAGGAGCAGGAGCCGAAGUCCAGGAUUGAGCUGCAGCCGCCGAGCAAAUGUCUGCAGUUUGGCAUCAAGUGGGAUCCAGACCUUCGAUAUAUGAUCAGCACUCUCAAGGCGGAAGGUGAAGAAGGCCUUACGCGAUUUCUGGAGAAUCAGGUCUUUGUGUGGAAGCUGCGGAGCUAUAUACGCAACAAGGUCUCCAAGGCUUUCAAGAUGAGUAUCAAGAGAGACAUGAUACGGCUACGGCAACAGAGGCAACUUCGCGAAAGGACAGCGCAGAAGACCCCGGAGCAGGAGACGCAAGACCGGCAUGCUCUGCUAGAGCUCUUUGGGCCAGCGCACCAACCGGCGACUGCUGCUCAAACACCUCUGGUGCAAGAGCAGGCGCCCGUGAUUCAGGAAGCCCCGGAGCAGCCAGCGGCUUCUGUUGGGCCAUCGGUUGUAGAAGAGGAGGCAGAGAAGCCCGACCCGUUUUUGAAGAUGCUCAUUGCGACAUCACAGAGAAAGCUCCUGGACCCCCGGAUGUCACCAGCGGAUGCUGCUGCCGGUUCCUCCAUGAAACCGGAGCGACCUCCAAGCAGUUGGACGAAAAUACCACAGCCAGAGCUGCAACCCAUGGAGGCAGAAACAUCGGAGGCCUUUGGGCAGGUGCUCAUUGAAGCUUCCCGGAACAAGCCAAUCGAUGCUCACAUGUCCCCCGGGGAUGUUGUAGCCACGGCAUCGAUAACAGGAGAGAAAAUCCCACAUGAAGCACCCCAAACUGCAGCAAUGGCGUGCAUGAUGACAGCAAAGCAGCCCGUGGAAACAGAAGCACCGUUUGGCUGCCCAACACUCUUUGAGACCUCGCAGACGAGGCGACUUGACGCACAGCUGUCACCGGAAGAUGCCGCUGCUCUGGCCUGCCUGAUGGCGGAGGAACUAGUGAGCAACUCCGAAACCCAUGCAGAAGUGCCGUCAGCAGCAGGCAGCUCGUGCGACACCGAUGGUUGGGAAGGUGAGGACUUCUUUGCACACAUCGACCCAAGCCUCCCACCAGAGCUGGCAGCAGUCAAGCUGUUUGCAGCAAUGGGAAUCUCAGAAGAUCUUAUGCUCGGCAGAUUUGCUCCUGUCACGCACACCAACACCAUGGAAAGCGAGGAUCCCUUCAAAGACUUUUGGGACGAUUUGGAUGGCAACAUGUCGCCAGAACUGGUGGCGGCUAACCUCGUGAACAGGGCCCGGUCCAUAAGGGCCUACUGA